GAGAGGCCUGCGCGCGUGCGCUUGCGCACUGGGACGCUCCGCGGACUCCCGCGGCACGGGGGACUUUAGUCUGUCGCCUACGAUGGCGAGCGCACUCUCGCGUGUGGGUGUGCUGGGGCUGCUACUGGUGUCUGCGCUGCCCGGGGUCCUCGGAGACCGCUCCAGUCCCGACAGCCGGGCAUACCCAGGGGACCCCCACCAGGUCGGCCAUAGGGCCAAGGAACUGCGGCGGCGGUCACCGCCCAAGGACCAACACGAGCGGGCCCGGGCCAGGGCGUUGCCUUUGGGGGCGCUGUACACCGCGGCUGUCGUGUCUUUUGUGCUAUACAAGUGUUUGCAGCAGGGGAAAAAUAAGGCUGCUGUUCUCCAGGAGGAGGCCGGCAAGAAGGAAUCAUUGCAGUCAGAGCAGCAGCUGGUCCAGUUGAUACAACAGCUGGCCCAGACAGAACAACACCUGAACAAUCUGAUGGCCCAGCUGGACCCCCUUUUUGAGAGUGUGACUACCCUGGCUGGAGCACAGCAGGAGCUUUUGAAUAUGAAGUUACACACCAUCCACCAGCUACUACAAAAGAACAAGCCAAACAAGUGUGUGGAGGUUCCAGAACCAGAGGCCAGCAUACCGUUUCCUGAGGACUUUUGUGUAAAGGAUGAAGAAGAGGCGGCUGGUGACAGUCAGGCCUGGGAAGAGCACCUAAACUGGAGCACAGAGACAAGGAACCUAGCUGCUCCUCGGGGAGCGGAACAGGGGCUAAGGAGAAGAUGCGGCAAGGCUGCGGCAAAGGGCCCCAGUCACAGCCCCCUCUGGGAAGGAGGGGCAGCAGCCGAUGGUUUAGUAAAAUAAAGUCUGUUCUUGUGAUUGGA